UAGUGCAAUCAUCACUGCAUCGGAAUGUGGCACUUCAAUAUGGCGGCCGUUGGCUUGCCAACCUAGAGCUGGAUUACUUUUCUUUGUUUUCGUAGUAUUUAUUAUCUAUUAAAUUGAUUAGUUAGUUUUUCUCAUUAGUAUCUUUCAUUAUGUAUUAUCUGUCAUGCUUUAUACAGUGAAUACAGUGAGAACGUGAAAAAAGUGUGUUGCUAUUUUCAGUUCUAUUGCGGCAGACACCAUUCUUUAGGACAUUUUCUUCAAUUGUGAUGAAUAAAAAUCAUUACUAUAUUCCAAGUUUUCUUUUGAUUUUUUGUUGAACUGUGACAUGGAUAAUAAUUGUGUUGAUAACGGUGGGAACUGAUAUGUAGAGUGACCAGCUACAGUAAUCCAUUGCAGUGGACUGGAGUGUGUCGUGAAUGAGGGUGUGGGUGGAUGACGGCCUAGUAUGGGCCAACAGCCUGCCACAACUAUGAACCCCGCUGUCACGGGCAAGUCCUCAACCCGCUCCUCGGGCUACCACCAGAAAGCCCUUGCGGAGAUACGUAACUCGUUGUUGCCGUUCGCCAAUCAAGGAGGUGACAACAACGGAGUUGGCUCCAGUGCUGCCAGUACUAUCUCCACGCUCUCGACUACUAGUGGAGUCAGUUCUGCAUCGGGUCUCAGUUCUGCCUCUAACGGGGUCGAUAAGGAGAUCAGCGCUCUCGUCCGACAAGCUCACACACAACUUGUCAACAUGGGCUAUUCGGAGGAAGCAUCACUAAGAGCUCUAAAGGUCUCCAAUGGUGGUUUUGAAUCUGCCCUAGAUUUUCUUGUUAAGCAACAAAAUGAAACAGUUAAUGGCCUAACCAAAGUUCCUUCAUCAGGCUUAUCAAAAUUGAUCCGUAAACCAAGUCUUGAGAGGGAGCUGAAUCUGCACAGAGGCAGUCCAGCGUUAGAUAGUGGAGCUGGCAGUUCUCGGUCUGAUAGUCCCCGUCAGUCUGUGGAGCACCCGCAGCUCAGCCGGCAGUACUCUCCUGGUGGCUACACGGAGCCCCCACCUCCACCCCCACCACGUAGUGGCUCCACCCCACCCCCGCCUCCACCUCCUCAUGCUCCCUAUCCUCCCAUGCUUAAGCGCAUGUCUCCUGCACCUGUUCCUGUAGCAAGAGGUACCAGUCCGGUCGCAGUCACCUCCAGGCAGCCCAUGAUAGUCCAGAAUGGUCCUCAAGUGCAACAGCAACUGUCCCAACAGAUACAAGCUUUAAGUUUGUAUCCAACCUCAUCAGAACCACCCCCUCCAUACCCUCUGAUACCUCCUUCCCCAUCGGCUGCCCCUCCCCCUCCUUCUUAUUCUGCAUCCAUUGCAAAUCGUCAGAGUCCUACGCAAGGUUAUGACAGGAAAAGUCCCUCGUCCGGUGUAUACUCAGGUCCUGCGUCCGCCGGCUCACCAAGCCCCACUCCCACUGUCCCUGCCCCCCUGCAGUGUUGGAGCGCAAGGCAAGCCAAGACUCAGCCUCCCAUCAUCAUGCAAUCAGUGAAGAGUACGCAAGUACAGAAACCCAUCUUGCAGACUGCGACAGCACCACCACCACCAACAGUUGCGACACAGCCUCCCCCUCCAUCCUAUGCUUCUUCUAUUCAGCAGAAGCAACAGAAGGCGGUGGCUCAACCCCAGCAGGCGUCCGUAAGUGUUGUGACGACUGUACCCACCACAGAGCCACCAAGCUAUGCCAGUACAAUGCAGGCCCUGGCUGCACAGAGAGGGAUGCCUCCACCACCUCCUUACGGAGAAGACAACUUCAGCAGCAAUGCAGCGGUGUCAACUGUUGAAAGUACAGUAGCUCCCAGAACGUCUCCAGCUCUUCACCCUCAUCCGGUUUUACAGAGAAAGUUUUCUCCAGUUGAAUCGAGAUCUGAAAGUCCUGUUCAGACAACACCUCCUUUACCACCCACUGCAUCCACCUCUGCCACACAAAAUGGGGAGAGGAGACAGUUUAAAAUUAACCACCAAUCACCAAUUCCUGAAAGGAAACAUAUGAGUAAAGAGAAGGAAGAAGAAAGGCGGGAUUGUAAAGUGCGAAAUUAUUCUCCUCAAGCUUUUAAAUUCUUCAUGGAGCAACAUGUUGAAAAUGUUAUAAAAUCACACAAACAACGUGUUUUUAGAAGGCUUCAACUCGAGACUGAAAUGGAAAAGAUUGGAUUGAGUGCUGAAGCACAGUGUCAGAUGAGAAAAAUGCUGUCUCAAAAAGAAUCAAACUAUAUUAGAUUGAAAAGAGCUAAAAUGGACAAAUCAAUGUUUACAAAAAUAAAGCCUAUUGGAGUUGGAGCCUUUGGUGAAGUAACUCUUGUAAGAAAAAUAGACACAAAUCAUCUUUAUGCCAUGAAAACUUUGAGGAAAGCUGAUGUGCUGAAGAGAAAUCAAGUUGCUCAUGUAAAAGCUGAAAGAGAUAUUCUAGCAGAAGCUGACAAUGAGUGGGUUGUCAAACUCUACUACUCUUUUCAGGAUAAAGAUAAUCUCUACUUUGUCAUGGACUACAUACCAGGAGGAGAUCUGAUGUCAUUACUCAUUAAAUUAGGAAUUUUUGAAGAGCCAUUAGCAAGGUUUUAUAUAGCAGAGCUAACUUGUGCUGUGGAAAGUGUUCAUAAAAUGGGGUUUAUUCAUAGGGACAUUAAACCAGACAACAUUUUAAUUGAUAGAGACGGUCAUAUAAAAUUGACAGAUUUUGGUCUAUGUACUGGAUUUCGUUGGACGCACAACUCAAAGUAUUAUCAACGUAAUGGAGAGCACGGAAGACAGGAUUCUAUGGAUCCGAGUGAGGAGUGGAUGACAGCCGGCGGACCCAACAGUGAGUGUAGAUGCCACCAGCUGAAGCCCCUGGAGCGACGUAGGCGACGGGAGCACCAGAGAUGUCUUGCCCACUCGCUGGUCGGCACACCCAACUACAUUGCUCCGGAGGUGCUCAUGCGGACCGGAUAUACGCACGUCUGUGACUGGUGGAGUGUUGGUGUUAUACUCUAUGAGAUGUUGGUUGGUUCGCCACCGUUCCUGGCCAACACCCCUGGUGAAACUCAGUUUAAAGUUAUAAAUUGGGAAUCAACACUCCAAAUACCCAAAAUAGCGAACGUUUCACCUGAAGGCACGGACUUGAUCCUCAAACUGUGUACAAGUGCGGAUAGGCGGUUAGGGAAGAAUGCGAAUGAAGUAAAAUCACAUCCAUUCUUCGCUAGUAUAGACUUUGAGAAAGGAGUUCGGCGGCAAUCUCCUCCUCAUAUUCCUAGGAUACAAUACUCCACAGACACUUCUAACUUUGACCCAGUGGAUCCCGACAAACUUAGGAACUCUGCGUCCUCAGAUUCGUCAAAAUCUGAUGAGUUCUCAGACAGUGGAAAACCUUUUCACGGGUUUUUUGAGUUUACAUUUAGGAGGUUUUUUGACGACGGAGGUGGGACUCCAUAUCCCAAUAAGAUUAGUUUGGAUGAUAACGAUAACCAAGGUGCAGUUUAUGUAUGACUUUAUGUUAGCCUUUACAAUUGUUGUAUUGUACUGUAUUAAUACUUAUUGAGUUGUCAAACUCGGUACACUUACAAUAACAUUUGCAAAUGAAUGUAUAAUGUUAUUUUAUUGUGAAGGUGAAGUAGUCAGGCGUGAAACGUCUUUGCUCUCACAUGUAUACACAAAUUUCUAAUUUGAUUUGGUUUGUCAGCAGAUUGAGGUGUUGCCAGAAUAUCUGAAGCACAGUAAUUAUAUCAGUUUAAUUUUCCUAGGUAUAUCAACCAAGUUACCUUGCAUAGAGAAGUUUUAUUUUAAAGUAUCUCUCUGUAAGUUGUUUAUGAAGAUGUCAACUCAAUUAUUGAAUGAAACAAAGUUGCAAAGUUUAAAAUGCCUGCCAUUUAUUCAGUAGUUUAGGAAUCAAUGACAUCAAUGUUCUUAAUGAAUAUGUUAUUAUAGAAUAUAUAUUCUAUUCUAUUCUAUUUUAAAAUCUAUAAUUUUAUAACAUUGGUGCAACUAAUCUGAGUUGCUAUCUACCUAUAGAUUUGUUUAUUGUUCAACAUUAACUACAAACAAGUGAGACUCAACAAACUUUUUCUUUUCAACUUUUUUAAAAGCUCUUUUACUUUAAAACGUGUAUGCUUCUUCUAAUAGUGUUUAUUUCUAAAGAAUGUUUUCUAUAAAUAAGCCAAAUUUCUUACAUAACAAUAUUUGUUUACUGUCAAAUUUACUAACAACAACAACAAAUUUACAACAUGAUUAAAUUCUCGGAUCUUUAAAAUGUACUCAUCUUAACUUGUUUUUAGGCUGUGGUUUACCAUAAGCACACCCAGUUCGUCUAAGCAUUCAAUUUUACACUACAUACUUUUACACUACAUACUUAAGAUAAAUGUUUAUAAACAUGCAAUUUGAUAUCUUAGAUUGUUCCUGUAAGUACCACGUGGUUUUGAAAAGAUACAACAUAUUUGGUGUAACGAUAUCAUCGUAGAUAGCAAGAUACAUAUAACAUGAUACUUUACUUUAAUUGAUCUUCCCAGGAUCUCUUAUAUGUUAUUAAUGAUUUUACAUCAUACCAAUCAUUAAAUUCUUAUUAAUGAUAUACAUUAGUAACGUAAAUGGAUCAACUCAAAUAGUUUAAUGUAUAUCAUUUUUAUUUAAAAACUAGGUUUCCAAUUUGUAUUUGGGUAGCAAAAUAAGUUAAACAGGACCAUUAUUUACAAAUGUUGAUGAAAGUUGGUUUCUAGUGAGUAUGCUUGAAGUUAUCUCCAAGAACAUCUUUGAGCAUUCUAUUUUUUUGAUCAUAUUGUUAUACAUAGUUAACAAUAUGCAAAUAUUGAUUUCCAUAUUUGCAUGUCUCUUGGUAUUGUUUGAUAGGUUGUUAAAUAAGUAGACAUUUAAAUAACUAAAAAAUUUGUGAAAUCUGUUAGAUAAUGGCAUGUUUUAAAGUACAUUAAGUAUCUUUUUUUAUAUGUAAAUGGAGUAUAUUUUAAGAAAACACAAUUUAGAGGAUUUUAAAGUAAUCAUUUUAUGUGUUUUACAUACUAAAUAUGUCUUGUCAUCUUCAGCACAUCCCAUAAUAAUGAACGUGAACAAGAAAAUUUGUUGAAUCGAUUUCAGUAAAAAUAGAUUUUAUUUGAUAUUUGAUAUCAAAAUCAGUAUUACAUGUUGGUACCUUUAUUGAUUUCAUACUAAACAUUAUACUGCAGGAACUUAUAUUUUGAACUUUGCAGUAGUUGAGGUCAUAAGUCAUUCAGCUAAUCUGGCAUUAAUAUCUAGAUUUAUUGUUUUUUUUUUUUAGAUAAACUAUGUAUGAGAUCUUUAACAUUUGCUGAAAAUGUGACAGCAGUUGAUGAAUUUUGUGCAAAUGUAUCUGUGAGCAUAUUGUUGUAAUUGUUUCUGAAAUUGACUCAACGGAAUUGUUUUAUAUAGUUUUAAAACUAUAUUAAAAAUAUCUAAGUUUAUUUUCCAGUUCUUAGUAUCACCACUGAUUGUCAUAUAAGUUCUAAAGUUUAUUCAUAACGUACAUUAAGUUAGAAAACUCUAAAUUGGUAGCUGAAUUCAAAAUUUAUUAAAUAAAUCAUGUUAAAAGUUGUCGAUUAGAUGAAAAAUAACAUGUCUAAGGGUUAAAUGCUCUUGAAAAUCCAUAAAUGAACUGCCUUUUGUGUAUACUAGUGUUUAUAUUUAUUUUGUGAUUGCAUGACUGCAUUCAGAUAAAAUCGUGAUAAAAAUGCAGUUAUAUAGUUGACACAAUGAGAUUGUCCUUGGUACCAAAGUUGAUUGUUAUUAACAUGGUAUAUUAAUGUUUGGCACACCUCAGUCUGACAUGUAGUUUGGGUAUGCCUUCAAGUCAAUUGGUAUGUGAUAUAAGAUGUCAGGUUGCUUGUACUACCUACUUUAUGUGAUUUUUUUGAAUCACAAUAAAUAUUAUUUGAUCAUAGGAUUUGUUAACGAUUUAUUUUAUUAUUAUAAUAUAUAGAUUUAUAAUGUUGGGGUGUGUGUUAAGAUUUUGUAAACAUGUACAUUUUACUGCGCUGGUGUGUGUUGUAUAGUGCGUUAGAGAACUGUGAUGUAAGUGAGUGAUAGCUGGUUUUGCGAUAUAUAUAUAUUUUUUACUUAGUUGUAGAUAUCUGUGCAGUGCCUUAACUCUAAACAAUCACGAACACAUGUGCCAAUACAGUCAAUUUUUCACUUUGUAAUGUUGUAGUAGUUAGAGACGAUUUAGUGCAAGCCGCUCAUUCAGUUGUUAUCUCAAAACAGUUCACUAACAGCUCAUUCAGUUAUCUCACAACAGUUCACUAACAGCUUAUUCGUUUUAGAUUAUUUCAUUUUCAACAGUUGCAAUUAUAGCAUUGUAUUAAGAGAGCAUUUAUGGAAUUUUAUUGGUACUUAAAUUAUCAUAACGUAAGUUAAUAAGUUCUAAUUGAAAGAUAAUAUUUAAAGAAUAAAACUUACACAAGUAUAUUAGACCUUUGGUUCCCUGGUCAGGUUUUAUUGAUUGCUAAAUAGAAAUUUAUAUGUUAGGGAUUUUCAGUAUUUGGUCCAAAAUGAAUGACCAUAUGUUUGUAGCUUAUUUCACUGCAUUGUGUGUAGUUAGUUAAUUAUAUUUGAAAUUCAUAUAAAUGUGCUACAUGUAUUAUGGUUUUUAUAAGCCUAACAAUCACCACGAAGUUGCUGUAAAUCUACAUACAUUUCUGCUGGGAGUUUUCCACUUUGUUUUUAUAGACAAGAUUGAAAACUCCAUUUUGUUUUUAUGUUAUAAAAUGAACAGAGAAAUGGGUUUGAUAGGUCAUAUAAAAGAUGAUACACAAGUGAAUAGAACUCUUUUACUUGACACAUCGUAAUUUAUACCUUUUCAUAUACGUUUUUACAGCACUUGUGGUAAACAUGUAAAUCUGAAGAACCAUGUCAUGGAUAUCAGGAUGAGGUGCCUUAACGUGCCUUUCCUCUAAUUCUAAGUUAUGUUAAUGAAAAUAUCAAGUACUUGUUAACAGAGUUUAUUCGUACCGAUGAAUAUGUUUUAUUUUGAUGUGCACUUCUACUCCUUGUCAAAUUUGUACAGUCCUUGUGGUAGACUAUGCUACUUAGGCUAUACAGUCAUUGUAUCUACAAAUGUAAAAUAACCACUAAUAUGUUGAACAUUUUCCAAUAUAAUUUUUCUUUUGUGUAAAUAAAAAUUAUAUUGGAAAAUGUUGUAUUCGUUUAUACUAGUGAUAGUACAAUACUACUAUGUUAUUGAAUUACUCUAUUGUUAUGGUAAACAUUUAAAAUGGACAAAAACAACCUAAAAGGAUAUUGAUUUAAGAAGUUCAACUAAAGCAACUGUUUCUUAAAUCUUUAUACUCUGAUUAGAACAGGGCAUGUUCAUAAACUAGAUCCAGUAUUGUAAUGGUAUAAAAUACAGCCUGUAAAUUAGUAAUAUUUUUUUAAACAAGCAAAAGUAGUUGAUUAAGUUGUUAAUGUAAGAACUAAGUAAAGUAGUUGUGGACUUUUUUAACAGUUUAAACAAAAUAUUUACCCUAGUGGUUUUAACCAUUUACGCUCGAAAGGCCAGCAGCACUGGCCACACCAAGGUUGCAGACAGCUUGCAUUAGUUUUGCCGUAGGUUGUCCUCGUAACUCGUAUGGCUAGUACAGAUGUCCACGCUACUUUCAUUGACAGCUCGGCGGCCAUAUUUGUUGUUUGCCUCCCCAGAACGGAAUUAUUUUUCCAUUUUCCUUUGUGUUAUUUGCAUGGUAAUUUAGUGUUUAAAGAAGAAAUGAAAAAUAAUUUUAAAUUUAUUUUUAAUGAAUUUCUAAUACAAAGGAUAAACAUAGAUUUGAUAAAUUAACUCAUGUGUAUAUUGCUAACAAAGAUAUGUAAAUAAAAUGUUUUAAAGUAGGCCUUUACAGUUAUGUUAUAUUCACACACAAACUAUUUUACAUUUUUCUCAGUCUUUACACUUUUUUAUGGAAUAAAACUUUUAAUAAUACAUACCAAUGUGUAGUCAAGAAUAGUUAGUACAUGUCUUUUAGUAAAAUUUUCUAAGUUUCCAUACUUUCCAUCACUUCAGUGUAUAGGUCCUCUAUGCAUCAUUCAUCUUAUUUGCACAGUUGCAAUGUUUAGAGAAGAAUUGUAGGCUAAUUUAAAAUUUACUCCUUUACUUAAAAAGUACUUUAAAAUAAAGCUGCUUGUUGAUAGGUUUCAGCACUCACCAGUCUUUAUAAAACAAAGAGAAUAUUAGAAAAUAACUGCUAUGUUUAAUAGCCAGUAGUGCUGGCUUACGAUCUGUAGACGUAUUAUAUCUUGGCCAGUACAGCUGGACAUAUGAGCUGAGAUAACAUAACGCAAAAAUUAAUCCAUGCUUCCUUCAAAAUGGUGGCAGCCAGUAGAGCUGGCCAUACGAGCUCUAAGGACAAAUUAUAAAUACUGCCUUCAAAUGCUUAGGGUUAAAAAGUGCCUAUAUCUUCAUCUGUUUAAAUACAGUUUACAUAAUAUUUAGUGUAGAAAUAUCAUUAUUUUUAAGCAAAAUUUUAUCAAAUACAAAUGUGAAAGGAGGUUGAAUUGUGGUAAAAUUUCUGAUAUCCUCUAGGGAACAUAAGUUUAUGUCAAUAUGUUCCAUUUUACUGAAUUAAGCACACUUGUUGUAGAAUUGCCUUUAAAUGCAGUCGUAAAAUAUAAUUUAAAGGGGUAAAUUUUAACCCCUUAGGUUAAUUUUAUUAGCUGUUUAAAACCGUCUACUCUUGGUGAUAGAGGGCCUUGAAUUUAUGAAUGGUAACGAUUAUGGUUAAGAUUUUUUUAUUAAUAUAACAAAUUUCCACUGAUUGCCAUCCUGGUUAAGAUGAUGAGUGAUAAGCAAUAAUGCCAGCUAUGGCUCUAGACAUACAAAACCGCAUAAUCAUGAAAAAAAUAAUAAUCAUAUCAAUGUUUAACAUUUUAUAAAAGAAGAUCUGUUAAUGUUGUGUUUUGUACAUACUACUAUUUUUGUGUAUUAUAUUGAGGGUUAUGAUGGCUGAUGAAACCCAUUAAACUGCUAUCAGAGCAUUACAGGAAGGGUAAUACUCCAAGACCAUGUAUCUUGACAUAUCAAUAAUCAAGAUAUCUAAAGUUUAUGUAUAAACUCUUCAAUUUAAUCUCUUAUUCAAUACUUACUAAGUGGUAUCAGUUCAGUUUCAGGAACUAUGCAGACUAACUCAACCAGUUAAAAAGAAAUCAAUCAAAGUAACAUUAUCUAAGUCUAUUAAUGUUUAUUAUGACAGGUUCUUUAUAAAAUCAUGUUGUUUGUCCAUCUGUGCUAUAAUUCUUUACAGAAAGAUCCUAGUGUUUUCAAACUUACUACAUAGUAAAUGGAACUGACUGCAAUUUUUUUGAGACGUGCUGUAGAUUUUGAACACUGUGAAAUAAACAAUCCGUCAAAAUCUAUUGCAUAUUAGGCAAUGUUUAAAGGUUUGACCCAUAUCACUUAACCGUUUCCAGUGAAUCGAAGGAUUUGGUUGAAGUUUGUAAUAAUAUCCAUUUUUUGCAUUAAAGUAUCUAUGGAAGAUACAAUUUUAAAUUUAUCGCUAUUUCUUGUGUCCGUUGUGUGUGAUAUAUGGGAAAUACUUUAUUGGGUGACAACAAUUAAUUUUAAAUUAAUAUUGAUAAACUUAAGGAAUUGUUUUUCUUUAAAUAAGAAUAAUGGGUGAAGUGAAUAAAAAGAAAUAAAUAGUAGCGGAAGCCACCACGAAGUAAUAGCAUUGUAUUGAAAGGAAGUGAAGAAACAACUGCUGUCACUCCAUACUUACUACUACAGGCUGUCUGGAACAUAUGGUAGUUUUUACUUCCUUACCAUUUACUACAUCAUAGUAAUUACUCCUGACUCUCUGAACCUCACGACAAGAUGUCUCAAAGCUGAAGGUUCUAGUGGUACUGUUGGAAAGAGUUGUGUGAACAGAAUACUAUUUGCUUGCCUUAUAACAUUUAGAGAACACCGGUCAUUUAAAUAUAUGAGAAAGUAAAUAAUUACAAGUGUAAUAGUCUUCGACUCUAACAUCUUUAACUUGAAAUACUGAAUUAGACACAGCAUGUAAAAAAUUUCAAUUUUUGUGUGUCAAAGCUUCUUUUUGUGUCAUCACUUUCUGGCAGAAAUUCAGCAGUACAAAAAUUAACACGUUCUUCCUCAAACAGUAAAAAUUGUGUAUCAGUGACAUGCGAAAGCUCAUGAUACAACUUAUACCCCUGAACGUGUGUGAAAUCACCCAGAUGGUGACAACUAAAACAGUCUGACCUAGGCUCCUCUUAUACGAUGCGGUUAUUAGAGCAAGGUAUUAGGUGUUCAGUUUUAUUCGUAUGAAUCAGGAGUAAAUACUGGUAACACAUUAAUUUUUAUUCACUGUAAACAAAGUAAUUGCUUUAAAAUCGGCAUAACAAAGCAAGUACUAAUUUUUGUUCACUUCACCCAAUAUGUUUGUUUAGUGUUAGGACUUGUGUAAAUUGUUUGGCAAUUGAAGCAAGCAGGGAAUUUGUUUCUUAAUAAUAAUUCAAUGAUUUUAGAGAUGCAAAACAUUAAAAUAACCAAACCCCAAUGUAUGUAUUUUUUGUUUGUGCACAUUCUUGUUUAUUAUUUAAUGUUGUAUCAAUGAAAUUCGACAACACUGUAUCUUUACAAUCAAAGAUCUACAUUUUGGAACUAGUUAUAUAAAGUAAUUCUGUAGGAAUUAUAAAACCAUCUUGUAUUUUUGUACCUUCCUAACAUAUUUUACUGAAAAAAAAAAAAAAUAUUAAGAAGUUUAUUAUUUGGAUGUAAUACUCAUUACAUGUGUAGAAUGUGAAAGAUGUAAAAUUAAUAAACAUGGAUCAUGUCAGGAAUGUGAUGUUUCAAAAGUGGAUUACGGAAUAAGAUUUUGAAAAUUGUUAACUGUCAUUGAUAAGAGAAAAACCUAUUGUUAUACAAGACAAGACAAGAAUUUCUUUAUUUUCACGUUCAUCAAGAAGGAAAUGGCUUCAAAUACAUAGUUUGGUACAAUGUAUUAUUGUUGGGCUUUAAAAAAAAUUAUUCUGCAGAAACAAAGUGGAAUUGUUGAUUAUUGAAAUACUAUAGUACAUCUAUGUAUAGUGUUAUAGAAUUACUAUUGUACUAGUUUUAUUUGUUUAAAGCUAUAAUUGCAUGUUAGUUUUAAAUUGUUUAAUAAAUUCCUUCAAGGAGUAAAGUUCUUUAUUCAAAUUGGCAUGAAUUUUUUCUGUAGUUUAUGGUUGACUGUUAUUACUUUGUAAUGUGUGGUAUUUGAAACUAAGUAUUUAGUUUUAUUUAUUUUGGUCCAUGAAAUUAUGGAAUUAUUUUUAGGCUUCAGAAAGUAAGAGAUUAUGCAAGUGGGAAUGGAAUCCAAAUGUUUUCAAUCUCCUUUUAAUAUAAUUUUUAUGAAAAUUGUAAGAACCACUAAUAUUUUAAUUAUCCUUUGAAAUGUUAUUGUUCCAGCUGAAAAUAAAAUAGGUUUGAAAUUGUAAAUAUCUUGUUAAAAAUGUAAAUUCAGAGGAAGCCCUGCUAAUAAAGUGAUAGUAGAUAAGGUAUUAAAUGAAAUAUUUAUAUGUUUACAAUAUCUAUUAACUAUAAUUUAUUGCAUGUCAAUCACUUCAUGUUUUAAAACACUUAUUUGUUGAUGUUGAAGAUGUUUUGUUUCUACUCAAUUGAUUCCUUGUUAGAUGUAAUUUAGUGAGAAAAUUGCAACCAAUCAGUUCAUGCUGUAGUUGCCAUGGAUGGAGUUAUGCAUGUCUCAUCACAUUACCUGUAGUUGUAGGCCUAAGAGUUACCAUGACUGAUGAAGCACACACCCCAUACACUCGCUCUCUGCCAGAUCUGACCAUUGUACAUAGAAUUUUGCUAUCUUCCAGCUUUUGUAAUUAUUAUUGUUUUAUAAAUAUUUAUAUACAUAUAUAAAUACACAGAAUUAACAUUUUUUAGCUUUUAUUAACAGUAAUAUAUAUAUAUAUAUAAAUAUUAAUAUAAUGAGCGCUCCAAUGUAAAUAUGUUAUUUAUAGAAGUUACUGGAAGUAAUGCGUGCUAGUGGAUUGAAAAGGCUUCAUUUAUGUUCUAACGGGUUUGUGUGUCGCUCCAUUAACAUGAAGUAAAUGAUGACCAUUUAAAUUUGAGAGGAUUGAUGUACCAAAAAUAUUAUCAUCGAAUUUAAUGUGAAGUUUAGUGCCUUUGUGUUUUUAUAUAAAGCUAUGUACAGUUAUCUUGUAAGUAGUGUAUAAAUAUUGACCUGCCAUGCCACUCUGUGCUAGUGAUAAUGUACAUUAUUUAAAUUCAGCAAUACAUGAAUAUGUUUUAAACAAA